GGAAGUAAGCAAAGGCUUGGCAUUUAUCGCUGUCUUUUAGCUCCUAAGUGCCAUUUGUCAUUUGUGACAUUGAAGGGUGCACACAACGUGCUGGUGUUGAACGUUAAGGUGUCGGGCUUCUGUCAGUUUAAUAAAGGUAAUAGGCCUGAUCAGAUACCUCCGACGUUCGUGUAAGAAAACGUUCGGGUGCACCGGCAACCGUUAGCCAUGUAUUGAGCUGCAUUUUAGAAUUACACAGUUUCUAGCGCGAAGUUGAGCUUCAAAUAUGCAACUUGUCGCCGCUACAUCUAUUGUCACUGCGGCUACUCUUUCAGCUAAGCGUGGCAUGUCGGGCAGCCUUUCCGACUAGCCAGCCACACCUGAAUGUGCCACGCAAGAGCACCCAAUACGGAUCGAUGCCUUCAAGCCCAGCACAUUCUUUGAAAACUGGAUGUGGUCGUAUGGAGCUUGGCUACAGACAUAGCCGCGUCAGCAGAAGCAGCAUGAUCAGCCACAGCGGCCAUAGCGGCGCUAUUGGCUCCACUGGUAGUUGUGGAGCGAGGUCGUCCCUCUUCCUUCUGACCGUUGCCCAUGGUGUGCGUAGUAGCAGCUUUUGCAGAGGAAGGGGAGAAGUCAGCCACAUCGGAUGUUGCAGGCUUCGCCCCUGCUUCCGAUCAGUACACGGCGUGGGCUGCACCCCUUGCUCCAGCGACGGUGAUGACAGCAAUAGCAGCAGCAGCAUGGAACCUGUUAAGUGCGGAGGAAACUAUCGCUCUGCUGGGCUGUACGGCAUGAAUGAGGACGAGCUCUUGGAGUUGUUAUGGCAGAGCGCCGGGCUGAGGGCGUUGGAGUUCCUUCCCGCUCUGCCGUACAUGGCCGCAUCGCCCCGCUACAUGCUGGUAUCCCCGUCCAACCUGGCGGCCUGGGUGUCCCUCAUGACAGACUUACAGGUGCAGUCCCCCGCUGCCCUGCUGGCCCCCUGCCCCGCCUUCCUCCUUGUGCCCCUCGCCACCAGCGAGCAGGGUGCGGAGUACGACAAAGGGGAAGAUGUCGUGUACGGCAGCUCUCAGGACUGUGAGGAUUACGGCAGUGCUUGUCGUACCUUUGUAUUCCACUUGCGGGACGAGUUGCGGAUGGGGGAGGAGCAGGUGUUUGGACUUCUGGCCAGGCGCCCUUCCCUGGCGUUCGUGCCUCCUGCCCAGCUGGACGCUGUCAUUGCCUUCCUAGCGGUUGUCAUCAAGGGGGCAGGCAGGGGGCACAGGCUGGGGUCCCCCGUCGCCCGGCCCCCACCCCUCUCACCUCCAUCACCAGCCUUGUCAGGGGGUUCAGCGCCGAAAGAGCCCCGGUCACCUGCUGCCUUGUGGCAGGCACUGCACGAGUUGUCGGCAGCGGCAGGCGAUGUACGACUGCCAUACAUUCUAAGGUGUCAAGAGCAGCAGCUGCAGGGGGGCUUGGUCGAGCAAUGUGGCGAAUCCAGCCACAGCCAUGAUGGUGAUGGCAAUGAUUAUGUAGAAGGGACGGCACAUGAGAAUGAAGGCUCACUGUUGCGGAGGGAAGCAGAUGGUCGCGCGGAGGCCGGGGAGCUAUCCGAAGAAGCCGAGCUUGAUCGUGCGCUUUACCGCUUCUUGCGACGCGUUCCGGAAGUCCUGGCUAUACGUACGGAAGACCUGUCGUACGGCUUUCAGCGGUUGUCGUACUUGUCGUGCACAUCAGCAGGUACUGGCGGUUUGGGUUACGUGGACAUGUGCCGCAUGCUGUGUGCAGUGCCGGAGCUGCUGCCAGCGGUUGCUGCUGGUAAGCGGAAUGAUGAGUAGUCGCAAACGAAGUCGGAGGCGAGGCUGCAAGGAAUUGAACUGAAGUUGUGCAUGCUUGGUUGUUGGUCCAGAUGGCAACUUUGUAGUACCGUACUUGUUUGUCGCUUGCAUGAGGGUAGGAUGGUAUGCAUGUGUGGUUACGUUUACAUGUGCCGUACACAGCUAGACACACCAAAACAGCCGAAGCCCUGCAUCCCAGCCCGCUACCAACCCCUAGCGUCCCGGAGUUGAGGCUCUAUUGUCAGUGAGCUUUGGUAUGUGUGCAUGCUGGCACGACGGACGCGGCGUGCCCACCAUUUAUGGCGUAACUGUUGCCGUGGACCGCGCUACUUCAGUGUGUGGCAAACUACCGGUAUUUUCUAGCCACUCAUGCAAUCCAAUUUACCUGCCCGACUGCCUAGCUGGCUAUAUCACCCACGGUAUGGGUGUACACGUCGGAUAGCCAGCCGUUGG